UUGAGGGCAAAAAAGAGAGCUGUUGUGUUCGAGUAAGCAGAAAUCAGGGGAGUGUUCUGUUCGAAGGGCGACUCUCUGUUUCGAGCAAAAGAGAUUGAAAAGAGGAAUUUUUCUUCUUCGUAUCAAUGGCGUUUAGCCGUAGCCUUUCCCGUAGAGCAACUCUAAUAGCUAGACGAUAUCAACCAUCGUUUGCGUACAUUUUCCAUGAUGAUGACCGUAAGUCUCAUCCUUUAAACGAGUCCCAAUCGCAACAAAAGCCGGGUAAUUUGGGUCAACAGAGAUCUUUUGGAACUGGGUUUAGUAAUUCAUCCUCAGGGUUUGGUGUGUUGUUCCAAGAUAGAAGAUGUUCCCAACUAGCUUUUCUUCCUGGCACCGGGAUCUCUUUUGGUCGGUACAUGUCAACUAUGGCUAGUGAUGGGGCUAAAGAGGUCGAGCUUAUGACUGAUGUCGCGGAAGCUUUUAAGGAUACUGCCAUUGAAGCCGUGAGUCAGGUUCCUGCUGUGAAUGAGGUUGCCAUUGCUGCUGCUGAUUGUUGGUUGCCUGUUGCUACGUUGCAGUAUGUUAUUGAUGCUGUUCAUUCCUUUACGGGCUUCAACUGGUGGGCUUCCAUAGUAGUGACAACACUUUUGAUUCGUGGUUCAACUCUUCCACUUUUGAUAAAUCAACUUAAAGCUACCACAAAAAUGACGCUAAUGAGGCCACACUUGGAGGAAAUCAAGGAGCGGAUGUCAAGCCAGGGUAAUGAUUCCCUGUCAAUGGCUGAUGGUCAAAAUGAAAUGAAAAAGCUUUUCAAGGAAUAUGGUGUGACUCCAUUUACACCUCUGAAAGGGCUUUUUAUUCAGGGGCCCAUCUUUGUCAGCUUUUUCCUGGCUAUAUCGACAAUGGCUGAGAAAAUGCCAUCAUUUAAAUAUGGUGGAGCAUACUGGUUUACAGAUCUCAGCACCCCGGACAGUUUAUACAUCUUUCCAGCUUUGACAGCACUGACUUUUUUGAUAACGGUGGAGUGCAACAUGCAAGAAGGCAUGGAAGGGAAUCCUGCUGCUAAAACUAUGAAAAAUGUUUCUCGGGUCCUCGCUGCUCUUACAGUUCCGUUUACCAUGAGUUUUCCAAAGGCCAUAUUUUGUUAUUGGAUCACAUCAAAUUUGUUUUCCCUUACAUAUGGACUAGUGCUGAAAGCUCCUGGAGUGAAGAAGGCUUUAGGUGUUCCUGAAAUACCGCCGCAACCAGCCGUUACUACACCGCGGCCUAGUAUCGAUCUGUAUACGGCUCUGAAACAAACACUCAAACAAGCCAAAACAGUAUCACAACAGUCUACCUCAUUGCCUGUUGAACCAACAAAAGCAUCAAACCAAAGAACAACUUCUUCUUCUUCUUCAACCAUCAAUCAAAGGCUCAGAAAUUUAGAGAAACAAGUUAAAGGAAGGAAGAAAAACAAGAAGAGGUGAGAGAAGCUUUCCUUCCAGGAACUGAUCCGCCUAUACUUUCCACUUGCUGGUGUUAUAGUUGAGGACUAAGAAUGACAUAUUUAUAUUAAAAACAUGCUUGGUGCAUUAUUUUUUGUAGUCCUUAUAUUUUGGGGCCAUAGAAACAAAAAUGACAGUGCUUUUAUGCAAUUGA